AUCUAUCUUUCCAUCAGAUUCGCCCCCAAUAUGGAAUCUAGAAAUGACACACCUGUUUCAUAUUUCCUUCUCAUGAAAGUCACAGAGGAUCCAGAACUGCAGUUCCUCCUAUUCAGUCUGUUCUUGUUCAUGUACCUGGUCACCGUCCUGGGGAACCUGCUCGUCCUCCUGGCCGUCAGCUCGGACCCCCACCUCCACACCCCCAUGUACUUCUUCCUCGCCCACCUGUCCUUUACUGACAUCUGUUUUAGCACAACCACGAUCCCAAAGAUGCUGGUGAACAUCCAGGCACAGAAUCAGAGCAUCACGUACACAGGCUGCCUCACACAGAUCUACUUUGUCUUGGUUUUUGUUGGUUUGGAAAAUUUUCUCCUUGCAGCAAUGGCCUACGACCGCUAUAUAGCCAUCUGCCAUCCCCUGAGGUACACGGUCAUCAUGAACCUCCAACUCUGUGGUCUGCUGGUGGUGCUCUCACUGUUCAUUAGCAGUGCCAAUGCUCUGCUCCAUAGCCUGAUGGUGCUACGGUUUUCCUUCUGUAAGGACUUGGACAUCCCACAAUUCUGUGAGCUUGGUCAGAUUGUCAAGCUCGCUUGUUCUGAUACCCUCAUCAAUAAUAUCCUGGCAUAUUUUAUGGCUAGCUUACUUGGGGGUGUUCCUUUCUCUGGAAUUAUUUUCUCCUAUACUCAAAUUUUCUCUUCUGUUUUGAGAAUGCCAUCAGCAGGUGGAAAGUAUAAAGCUUUUUCCACCUGUGGGUCUCACCUGUCAGUUGUGUCCUUGUUCUAUGGGACAAGCGUUGGAGUGUACAUUAAUUCCGUAGUUUCUGACUCUUCCAGGAAGACUAACAUGGCUUCAGUGAUGUACACUGUCAUUCCUCAGAUGAUGAACCCCUUUAUCUACAGUCUAAGGAAGAGUGAUAUGCAGGCGGUCUUGAAGAAACUUGUCAGUAGGAUACCUUCUUUUCUGUGA